UUUUCGGAAGCAAAACGCUGCGUUUUAGAAGUGCAGUGUGUUCGUGUUUCUGUCUUUGAUUUUGCAAGUAGGGAUUAACCGUACUGUGAAUCUUCCAAAUUCAUGAUUUCGAUCGAAAUCCACUAACUUUCUAUCUCCGAAUCCCCCCGUUUCUUGCACUUUUCAAUCGUUCGAACUCAGGUUCCGGGAGAAGAACAACAAGUUUUGGAGUGUUCCUUUUUUAGAACCAUGGAUACUCAGAGUGGAGAAGAUGAUUAUGAUCUACAUUUUGCUGUUUCCACAAUGCUGAUGAGGCUGGAGCUGAAUCUUGCAUGUUUCUCAGAGAAAGUUACAAACUUGGGCAUCUUUGUGAUGAACUUGGAGACCCUUGAGUGUGAAUUGGAGACAAUGAUUUUGGAAAAAAAUGGCAUUGAUGGAAUGGUAAUGGACAUGGAAUGUGCUGAGAAGGGGCUUGAGUUUGAUCUGUUGUGUGGAGUGUUGGAUUCUGAGGUGAGGGAAUUGGGUGUGUUCUUGGGGACCCUUUAUGCUGAGAUUGCUGAAGCUGAGGAGUUUGUGUCUUCUACCAACAGCAUUUAGAUUAAGAAGCAAUCUACUAAUUUCCAGAGGACUUUGUCUUCUUAUAAGAGAGAAGA